AUGGAAACAAAGAGGUGCUUGACCUUGGUUGAAAGAAGACAUGAUCAGGGAGUAAGAGUCGGUGUUAUCCGCUGUCCGAUUUGUGGUCAGGAAUGUGCAGAGAGACACAUCAUAGAUAACUUUUUUGUGAAGGAUACCACAGAGGUUCCCAGUAGCACAGUAGAGAAAUCAAAUCAGGUCUGCACAAGCUGUGAAGACAAUGCAGAAGCUCACGGUUUUUGUGUGGAAUGUGUGGAAUGGUUGUGCAAGACCUGCAUCAGAGCUCACCAGAGGGUUAAAUUCACAAAAGAUCAUACUGUAAGACAGAAAGAGGAAGUAUCUCCAGAGGCAGUUGGUGUGACCAGUCAGCGACCUGUGUUUUGUCCUUACCACAAAAAGGAGCAGCUGAAGUUGUAUUGUGAAACCUGUGACAAGCUGACCUGCCGAGACUGUCAGUUACUAGAACACAAAGAGCACAGGUACCAGUUUAUAGAAGAAGCUUUUCAGAACCAGAAAGUGAUCAUUGAGACACUAAUCACCAAAUUGAUGGAGAAAACUAAGUACAUAAAAUACACAGGGAAGCAGAUCCAAAACAGAAUUCUUGAAGUGAAUCAGAAUCAAAAGCAGGUGGAACAGGAUAUUAAAGUUGCCAUAUUUACACUGAUGGUAGAAAUAAAUAAAAAGGGAAAAGCUCUACUGCAUCAGUUGGAGAGUCUGGCAAAAGAGCAUAGGGUGAAACUUCUGCAGCAACAACAGGAAGUGGCAGGUCUCUCUAAACAGCUGGAACAUGUAAUGAAUUUUUCCAAAUGGGCAGUUUCCAGUGGGAGCAGCACAGCACUACUGUACAGCAAACGCUUGAUUACAUAUCGGCUACGGUAUCUUCUCCGAGCAAGGUGUGAUGCUUCACCAGUGACUAACAAUACUAUCCAGUUUCACUGUGACCCUAGCUUCUGGGCUCAAAAUAUUUUCAAUCUAGGUUCUUUGGUGAUUGAAGAUAAAGAAACCCCACCACAUAUGCCCAGGAGCCCUGUGAUGGAAACAAACUCACAGCCACCAGGCAGCUUACCCUCAAACCAGCUGUCUAAGUUCCCAACACAGAUAAGCUUAGCUCAGCUCCGACUCCAGCACAUGCAGCAACAGGUCAUGGCUCAGAGACAGCAAGCUCAACGCAGAGCAGGUCCAGUAGGUUUACCCAAUCCAAGAAUGCCAGGAGCCAUGCACCAACCUCCUGCUUCUCAUCAGGCACCUCCACGCUUGAUUCAUUUUCAGAAUCAUAGCCCCAAGUCCAAUGGUUCAGCUCUUCCCUCCCAACAGAUGAGAUUUCCCCCAAAUCAGAACCUACCAAGGCAAGCAAUAAAGCCCAACCCAUUGCAAAUGGCAUUCUUGGCACAGCAAGCUAUAAAACAGUGGCAGAUCGAAAGUGGACAAACUUCAACUGCCCUUUCAACCGCAAGCACCACAACAUCUACUCCAUCCAGCCCCACAGUCACUAGUGCUGUAGGAUGUGAUGGGAAGGCAUACGGUCCCCCUGUGAUAGAUUUGAGUUCUCCAGUGGGUAGCUCCUACAAUCUACCAUCUCUUCCUGAUAUUGAUUGUUCUGGAAACAUCACACUGGAUAAUGUUGUAAGGAAGGAUGUCACUGCGGAGCAGAAUCAGCCAAAACCCCCUUCAAACAGGACUGUGCAGUCACCAAAUUCAUCAGUACCAUCACCAGGUCUCUCAGGAGGAGUGAGUGUGACAAACAUACAUCCUCCAAUUCGUUCACCCAGUGCCUCCAGUGUUGGGAGCAGAGAGAGUUCUGGCUCCUCCAGCAGGCCACCAGGUGCUGAUUCUACACACAAAGUCCCAGUUGUCAUGUUGGAACCAAUCAGGAUUAAGCAGGAGUCAAGUGCACCAAAUGAGAAUUAUGAUUUCCCAAUUGUUAUAGUGAAGCAAGAAACAGAUGAGGAAUCCCGGCCUCAGAAUGCUAGCUUUUCAAGAAGCAUACUUACUUCGUUGCUGUUAGACAGCAAUCAUAAUUCCACGUCUGAGGAAGCUGUCUUGAGAACAGAUGCACCAGACAGCACAGAUGAUCAACCAGGGAUACUGCAGCAGAAAACAUCCAGCGGGAAGACAGCUUGGGUAGGUCCCUCCCACACUGGGGAGGGCAGAAAAGAGGAUGAUCCCAAUGAAGAUUGGUGUGCAGUGUGUCAAAAUGGAGGGGAGCUCCUUUGCUGUGAGAAGUGUCCAAAAGUAUUCCAUCUUUCUUGUCAUGUCCCUACACUGAUGAGCUUUCCAAGUGGAGAGUGGAUUUGUACAUUCUGUCGGGAUUUGUCCAAGCCAGAAGUUGAAUAUGACUGUGAUAAACCCACUCACGACUCUGAAAAAAGAAAAUUGGAAGAUAAUGUGGGUUUGGCACCAAUAGACCGUAGGAAGUGUGAAAGACUGCUGCUAUACCUCUACUGCCAUGAAAUGAGUCUUGCUUUUCAGGAUCCAGUUCCUCCCACAGUUCCAGACUACUACAAAAUAAUAAAAAAGCCUAUGGACUUGUCAACCAUCAAGAAAAGACUUCAAGUGAACAAUUCAUUCUACACAAAGCCGGAAGAUUUUGUGGCUGAUUUCAGGCUGAUUUUCCGAAACUGUGCUGAAUUUAAUGAGCCUGAUUCAGAAGUGGCUGAUGCUGGCGUGAAACUUGAAGCAUACUUUGAAGAACUUCUAAGGAACCUGUACCCUGAGACAAAGUUCCCUGUACAACCCAGCUGCCAGAGUGAAAAAGAUAAUCCAGAACUUACUGAUGACUCGGAUGAUGACUUUGUACAGCCCCGGAAAAAACGCCUCAAAGUGGAAGUUGCUUAAAUGAGCCACGUGUUGCUACUGAACAUUUUUUUAAAACUAAGAAUAUUUAUCACUGGUAUUUGUGAAAAGGGG